GAGGUUUGCACCUCUCCCUAACCAAAAUCUCCUCUCCACAAUUCUCUCUCUCUCUCUCUCUCUAGAACUUUCAUGGAGUCCAACAACAGCAAAAACACAGAGACCAUCAAAUUCCUUUGCAGUUAUGGCGGGAAAAUCCUCCCUCGCUACACCGACGGCAAGCUCCGCUACGCCGGCGGCCUCACACGUGUCCUCGCCGUCGAUCGCUCCAUUUCUUUCACAGAGUUGAUGGUGAAGCUCGGAGAGUUCUGUGGCUCAUCGGUGAAUCUGAGGUGUCAAUUGCCGACCGGCGACUUGGAAACCCUAAUUUCGAUCACGUCCGACGAGGACUUGGCGAAUGUUAUCGAAGAGUACGAUCGCGCUUCGUCGUCGUCGGUGAACAACCGUCCUUUGAAGAUCAGAGCGGUGCUUUCGCCGCCGAAAUCUCUCAAACAAAUCUCUCCUCCUCAAACUCCCCCCGAAUCGUUGAGAAACUCUCCUUCCUACCGAUUCGCUCCCCGGACUCACUCGCCGCCGGCCGGUUACUCCGUCGGCGCUCGGAAUUGCAACCGGAAAACCUAUCCGUAUAGCUGCCAAGUACAGGAGUAUCCUAGGGUGUCGUAUUCGUAUUGUGGCCCCCACUGCAAUUACUGGCACUGAGAACCGAAAAGAACCAAAAACAAAAAUCGUAGAUUGAAGACAUGCUUAUAUAUAUACCAGUAGAUGAAGAAAAAUGAAAGAAAAAAUUGAUGAUUACGAAAAAUUAGUAAAAUACAGUAACUAAAAAAAAAAAAAUUUGAAGAGAGAGUGAGAAAUAGCUGAGUUAAAUUUUUGUGAUUUGGGUGUGAAUUUUUUUGAAGGACUUUGUGUUUUUCAAUGGAGGUUCUAUUAUUCAUGAAA